CGGCGGCGGCUGCCCCUCGGCCCAGCCGGGAGGGACCGAGGCGCGGCGGCCCUCGGCGGGGACUCGACUCGCAGACUCCUUGGUUAACCAUCUUCAGAAGAGUGGAUUUCUGAUGUACCAAACUCCAUGUCUCUCAUUGAAAUUAAAAUUUGAUAUCACAGAUAAACAGCAUUGACAACUAUCCAUGAAACUUUGUAUAUCUUAAUAUCAGCCUUCGAAGCUUCCCCAGGGAACGCAUAAUGACAUCUGCAGUGGUUGACAGUGGGGGUUCUGUUUUGGAGCUUUCCAGCAAUGGAAUAGAAAAUCAAGAGGAAAGUGAACAAGUUUCCAAAUAUCCAGCAGUGAUUGUGGAGCCAGUUCCAAGUGCCAGAUUAGACCAGGGCUAUGCAGCCCAGGUUCUAGUCUAUGAUGAUGAAACUUACAUGAUCCAAGAUGUGGCAGAAGAGCAAGAAGUUGAAACUGAGACUGUGGAAUCAGUUGAAGCAUCCGUUCAUAGUAGUAAUGUACACUGCACGGAUAAGACAAUUGAAGCUGCUGAAGCCUUGCUUCAUAUGGAGUCUCCAACCUGCUUGAGGGAUGCUACAAGUCCUGUGGAAGUCUUUGUUCCUCCUUGUGUGUCUACUCCAGAGUUUAUCCAUGCUGCUAUGAGACCAGAUGUUAUCACGGAGACUGUAGUUGAAGUGUCAACUGAGGAGUCAGAACCUAUGGAUACCUCUCCUGUUCCAACCUCACCAGAUAUCCAUGAGCCAAUGAAAAAGAAGAAAGUUGGCCGUAAACCAAAGACCCAACAACCAGCCAUUUCCAAUGGGUCCCCUGAGUUAGGCAUCAAGAAAAAACCCAGAGAAGGCAAAGGUAACACAACAUAUUUGUGGGAGUUCCUUUUAGAUCUCCUUCAGGACAAAAAUACCUGUCCUCGAUAUAUUAAAUGGACGCAGAGAGAAAAGGGGAUAUUCAAACUUGUGGAUUCCAAAGCUGUAUCCAAGCUCUGGGGAAAGCACAAGAACAAACCGGACAUGAACUAUGAAACUAUGGGAAGGGCCUUGAGAUAUUACUACCAAAGGGGGAUUCUUGCAAAGGUAGAAGGGCAGAGGCUCGUAUAUCAGUUCAAAGAGAUGCCAAAAAAUAUUGUUGUCAUAGAUGAUGACAAAAAUGAUACUUGUAAUGAAGACUUAUCAGCAACUAAUGAUGAAAAAUCAUUGGAACGAGUUUCAUUAACUGCCGAAAACCUCCUAAAAGCAGCAGCUUCUGUACGUGGAAAGAACUCAUCUCCUUUAAACUGUACUAGGGCUGAGAAAGCCGUAGCCAGAGUUGUGAACAUCACAUCUUCUGGGCAUGAGGCUUCCUCAAGAUCUCCUUCCACCACUACUUCUGUUUCAGCAUCAGCUGCCCCAAGGACAGUCCGUGUGGCAAUGCAAGUGCCUGUUGUCAUGACCUCUUUGGGACAGAAAAUUUCAACUGUGGCAGUUCAGUCAGUCAAUGCAGGCUCAUCAUUAAUAACCAGCACCAGCCCCACAACAGCAACCACUCCAAAGGUUGUAAUUCAGACAAUCCCUACAGUGAUGCCAGCGUCUACCGAAAAUGGAGACAAAAUCACGAUGCAGCCUGCCAAAAUCAUCACUAUCCCAGCCACACAACUUGCACAGUGCCAGUUGCAGACAAAAUCAAGUCUGACUGGAUCAGGAAGCAUCAAUAUAGUUGGGACCCCGUUGGCCGUGAGAGCACUCACACCUGUGUCCAUAGCCCACGGGACCCCCGUAAUGAGACUCUCGGUGCCUGCGCAGCAGGCGUCUGGCCACACUCCCCCCCGAGUCAUCAGUGCCGUGAUCAAAGGGCCAGAGGGGAAGCCUGAUGCUGUGGUGGUAAAGCAGGAGCCCGAGGUGAAGACUCUGCAGCUGGUCCAGGAGGAAAAGCCAGCAGAUGGAAGCAAAGCAGUGACCCAUGUGGUGGUAGUCAGCGCUCCCUCCACCAUUGCUCUUCCACUCACGGUGAAACCAGAAGGCACCGUGACCUGUGAGAAGUGAGGCAGCUCCCGGGCUACGGCCAGCACCCAGCUGGCCUGCCUGAGACACGAACUGACACGGAAACACUGAUGGGAUGUCAUCAAGAACAUUUGGAAAGACUUGAAAACUUUUUUAAUGCAUAUAAGAAAGCAAUCAGAGACUUACUGGAAAUAAAUUACCUUUAUCCCAUGUUUAAGUGGGAAAUGAACUACACAUUGAGAUGCUGACAGAAAACUGCCUCUUACAAUAAGAAAAUGUUAACAUAUAAAUAUGAGAAAGGAUUGAAAAAGGGACCAAGCUGUUCACUACAUUAUCAAGUUACACUAAGACUUGGAACACUAAAAUAAUUCUGUAAGAGGUGAUCUUUUAGGUUAGGGGAGGGGGGAUAGGAAGGAUGGUCUCAUUGUUACAAAUAGCAAAUUUUGAUGCAU